AUGGCUGGGGAGAUGGGCGAUGAGGUUCCCGAGAGUGAGGUGACCCGAGGUCGAACGAUUUCUCGGGAGGAACCUCCAACUACAGCAACAUCUGCGAAAGAUGAGCUAGAUGUGCGGGCUUCAUCGGACCAGGGCUCCGGACAACCUCCAGCAAAUGGAGAACAACAGCGAAGUGGAAGCAGGGCGUCCACAUCAUCAGCGCCUCGCGGUGACUCGUCAAACACAGCAAAACCUUCCAGAGUCUCCUGGGCCGCUUUGGCUGGGAAGGGUAUCACUGGAGCGAAGUUGGAUAUGCGGAGCGUGGCAAGCCCUUCGCGGGAUGGUCUCCCAAUACCAGCUACGCCCGUAUCAGCCAUACAGGAUGUGUCUUCUGGUCGUCCUGCAGGCGAAGCAGGGAUUCCAGUAAGUCGAGGUCUAGACGAAGGACUGCUGUCAGAUUCAGCUUCCGGAAGCUCAAGCGUCUCCCGGCGCAAUGGUUCAGUAUCCAGGGGCAGGCGUCGCAACCCCGGCGUUUCCAGGGGCACUAUUCCCGUUCAGCAAGCAAGGCAGCCAAGCCGCCCGAAGAGUCCGGCUCCAACCACCUCCGAGUCGACUCCGCUAGCCAAACAAGAAGGCGAGGAAACUCAAUCGAGCAAUCCAGCACCAACUGCGGAGCUAAUUGAGUCGACUGAGUCGAAAGGGCUCGAGGAUGUGAGAAACUAUUUAAGAGGCCUCGCGGAAUCACACGGCAUUUUUCAUCUAGUCAACAAGGAGCCGGCGCCCAUAACAUGCGAGCAACUCUUGAAGAAUUUUGCCUCAAAGGUCUCCGAAGAAUGCAGUACGUGGCAAGAGAAGCUUCAGAUCGAGAGUUCAAAACUUGAGGCCUCGACGCAAGCACACACGCAGCUUGAGGGGGAAAAGACAGCAUUGCAACAGAUCGUGGCAACGCAAACUGACAAACUUGGCGAACUUGGCCCACUUGAGCAAAAGGCACGAGAUCUCGAGGUGCAGUUCACGAAGUGUAUCAACGAGCGAGACAAACUCAAGUCGAGCCUGGAAGCAAAUCAAAACCAGCUCAAGACAGCUCAGAAUGAGUGCAACGAGAAGGAGAUUGCACUCCAGCACCGCACAGCAGAGCUCAAUGAAGUUCAAUUGCGCAUUCAACAAAUGGCUCCUCCAGUGAACGAGGAAGAGCUUAAGAGUACCAUCUCUAAGCUGCGUGAUCAGCUCAAUGCCGAAAUGUCAGCCAGGGCGACAGCGGAGCGCAAACUUGAAGAAGAGAAGGGCGUGUGGCAGGCGAAGGAGAAGCGGCACGAAGAGGACGUUUCUUAUAUGGAAAAGCAGUUGGUUGACCACCAAAAGCAAGUCAAGGAAGCGCUAGCCACGGUAGAGAGCCUUCGGAAACAAUUGACGGACCAGACCAGGAAAGUCUCCCAAGCCCAAAUCGAGGUGGCAAACAUGACUUUCACCGUCGACCACGAGAAUGUUCCCCUUGCCGAAUAUCGCAAGCUCGUCGACAAUGCGAGGGGCGAGGUUUCAGACUUGGAGAUGCGACUAGCCCAGGCAGAGACGGAACGCGACGAGGCACUGAAGCAAGACGUUCCCAUGAACGAUAUGCGGGACAUCAUCGGAGAGGUUGUCGGUUUCUACGGCCUCGCCAUGGACGAUGCCGCCAGCAACCUGUACAGCAACUGGCGGGAAGAGGAAGCUAGGCUAGCGGACUUGGUGUGCGACGGUAACGACGGCUUCCGUAGAUACCCUCAUGCCGUCGUGCUUUCCGACGAAAAGCCUUCGCAGUCACUUUCUGAUGAUCUGUUCUCGCCUCCCAAGCGGACUUCUGGGGCGGCGGCUUCGAAAUGUGAAGAAUCGCAGACCGAGAGCGAGCCUGAAGAGAGGCUUAAUCUCGCGAAGGAGCUUGGAGAAUUCAACAGCCAGUCCUCCGCGGAACCGGAAGAGAACCAGGGUAGCCCCGAUCGCACACUACAGACAAUCGAGGAUGAACUCAGCAGACUCGAUAGAAUUUCUUCGGCAGUGAGUUCAAGCAGCUCCAUUCUUGAGGCGAUACUGACCAGUACUCAGGGGUCCCAGGGAAGCAAGGUUGGCCAAGGGGACGUGUCCCUUGAGCUACGCAAUACCAAAGUCGCAUUGGAUGAGUGCCAGCAUCAUCGUAAGGAAGCCGACAAGGAGAUAAAAGACCUCAAAGAUGAGGCCAAGAAGCUUGUUUAUGAGAUUGCGGAGCUCAAAGCAAGCGCUCGGGUGUUGGAGCAGACCAUCGAGGAGCACGAAUCUAAUGCUGAACGAACGAAGGGAGAAGCCAACAGACCAUCUGCUAUCCAGGCGGGCGACGAACAAGACUUCGAGACCAAUCGCAAGGAAACCGACGAGAAGAUCAAGAACCUGGAAGUUUUGCUCCAGCAACGAACAAAGGAGCUCAAGAGGUCCCAGAGGAGGGAACAGUUCAUGUCGCAGGUCUCUGAGCAGCUCAAGGGGCAGUUAAGCGCUGUCCACGACAGACUGGGCAAAGCUGAGGCCAAGGCUAUGUACGCCUGCGCGCGAGAAAAGUUGGCGCAAGAAAAGGUGGCACAAGAGGCUGCCACAGCGGACGGAUCGAGCACAGGUGCGAGCUCGCUGGACGACCCGGGAGAACACCUCCAGCUGGUGGCCGACCUGAUAGACCGCGUGGACAAAGCGGAAAGCGAGCAGGCAGCGAGCCGCAGAGAUCUGCAAUUGAUCCAACAGAUGGUCGCAGGCCUCCAUGAGGAUGCCAAGAAUCUUCGGGAGGAAAAAAACAGCCUGGCUCUUGAGAGGAACCAGCUCCAGGAAGAAAAGGUGGAACUAUCCCAACAGAGAGACGCAUUGAAGGAGGAUCUCAAGACGUACAUGGAUUCUGCGGACGAAGUUGCAGAACAAAACGUCAGGCUCCUGGAACAACUACGAGAAAUCGAGCAGGAGAUGAGGAAGAAGAUUGAGGAGAUCAAACGCAAGGACGAAGAAAUCCAACACAAGGAUGGGAAAAUACGAGAAAAUGAUCUUUUGCUCAAGGAAAAGAUGCAGGAGUUGGAGGCGAAGCAGAAGGCUCUCGACGAAUGCCACGAACACGGCGAGCGCCUCAAUGCGGAAGUACGCACAGUUGAAGAAAAGGUGGUCGAAUUCCGGAAUAAAUGGAGCUUUGCAAAUCAAAGAUACGACAGUGAGCUGAAGAGGCGUCUCAUAGUGGAGCAAGAGGGUGUCGACCACCUCGAAAACAUGAUCAAAGGCAAGCUAGUUGAGAAAGACAAGGAAUUGCGAGAAGAGUGGAUGGCGGAACACAACAAAACCGUCGAGAGGUUGGAGAACGAGAUUCAGACCUUGAGGAGGAGAGCCGAGGUGGGCGAGACUGAGCUGGAGAGGACCAAAGCUACGCACCAGGAAGUGGCGGAUGGCCUCGAGUCCAAGAUCCGCGACCUGGAGAGCCGCAAUUCAGCUGCUGGCGAGGGUGCUGAUCCGACAGAGAUCGAAGCUCAACAGAAAACAAUAGAGGAGCUCAAGCUCAGAGUUCAACAUCUAGAGAGUCGGAACCAAGCGCCUGACGAGAAUGCUGAUCUAGCUAAGAUCAAAGAUGAACAUCAGAAGACGGUGGAUGCCCUCGAACUCAAGAUCCAGAAUCUGGAAGAGGACCACCGGAGGGAGUCGGCUGGACUCGAAAGACAAGUCCUCUCUCUGACGAGCGAGAACGAAGGCUUGACACGGGUCUUGUCGGGCACGGCCGUGCCGAGCGGGAUCAUGAUCUCUCACCAGGGCACGCAGACUCACUACGCGCCGCCGGUCGAGAGCUGGACGCGGAACCCCGAUCAUCAGCCGCCCAUCGAGGGGACUUCGGGGACGACAUCAGGCACCCAAGGCCCCCCUCCUGAAUUUAGAGUCAUGCACCAGCAGUUCCAAGAUGCAUUCAAGAGCCUGAUACGAAAGCAGUCGGCCACCGCUGACAAACUUGAUUCCUUCUUCAAGACGUUGUGCGACACACUUGGGAAAAUGGAGCUACCAGAAAAUCCUGACGAGUACGAGGUUGACCGCCUAGUAGAGCUUCGUGACGCCUUCAACGAAGCUCGUACUAAAAUGUACGAAUUAGGCUUGCAGAAAAGGCACUUUUUUGAGACCAACAUUGAGAACUACCCGGACGAGCUGUACGAAUUCGCGCAGAAGAUUCACAUGUACAAAGAGAGGCUCGAGCGGAUCGAGGCCAGGGCGGCCACCACGGCGGCCAACACGAUAGCCAACGCGACAGCCAACGAGAAUAGCGGCGGGAACAACGCCGGCGGGAGUGAUGGUGACAGCCAACCUCAUCAGUCCGAGGCUGGCGACUGGGUGACUGCCAGCAGUAGCGAAACUCCUUCUGGCGGCGACGAUGAUGAUUUCGAUAUAGACGGACCGGACCCCGGUGACGAUCCAAAGAAACUCCGCAAAGCCAUUGUCGCAUUGGAGAGGAUGAGGGAUGAGGCCGAUGCAACCCUAGCGCAAGAGGGGAGGAUAUUGCGCAGGAACAUCGCUCAUUACGGCGGGAUUUUCAACCGGCUAUACCAAGAUCUCGGCAACCCGCGCGAGCCAGCCCGGCAGAUCCAACGAGAACGGAGGGCCGUGGGACAAGCCGUCAGAGACCUGGCUGGCUCGGAGGCCACCGUCGCCGGGCCAAGCUCAGCCGCCGGCACCCAGCCGAACGUCGCCGAACCUCCACUGCCCCCGGACCCUUCAUUGAAUCGUUCAUCAGAGGACCUGGACAAGUGGAGAGGGAAGAAGAAGGCUUACAGAUUCCCCGACGACGGCGAUCCAGGAAGUUCGGGCGACAGCACCGUCGAUGGAGACAUCGAUCAGUAUGGGUCACCCAAGCGGACUCCUUGGGAGGCACGCGUAUAUGCCAUCCGAGAAAUAUUGACACAAACAUAUCGGGAGCAACGUGCUUGCAUGUACGCUCGAAAUGCCAUCAUGCAGGCCACGCUGAAUCUGCAAGUCGCCGAUGAUCCCGUCCGUAACCAGCCAGGACCGACGCCUUCCGGCGUUUCUGCCAAUCCGCUCCCCAGCGCACCCGCGGAUCAAGGAGGCCCAGGGUCUUCUCAGGCGGGACCAUCGUCUACUGCCGCGCAGCCAGCCAGCCCGGACAGCCAGGACGACGAGUCCCGGCGGGCAUUCCAGAGUCACAACGCCUUUGACGACCUCGUAACCGAAAUUUCCUCGCAGGCAUCAAGUGAUUUUUUCAAUUUUCCCACCACGGAUCGAAUCCUACCCUCCUACCUUCCGAGAAGCAUCUGGGACCCCCUGAAUGAUUGGUCCAUGAGUUGUGAGAAUGUCCAAAGCAAUCUUGAGCGUCUCAACUAUGCCAUCGAGGGCCUCAUCCACGACGGCAUCAACUCUCAAAACUACGAGUUCCUGCGCAGCAGAGCCCGACAGCUCAAGAUCAUGCUUGAAAAGGCCAACGCGACAAUUACCGCCCUCAAGGCGAGGGAGGUCAACGAGUUCGUAGGCCGGUCUGACAAUGAGCUCGCAGAAGAGGCGCAGCGACUCAAGAAAGAGAACAAAAGCUUGGAAGAGAAGCUCGAAGAUUUUAAACAGAUAGCCGCGAAGCGACAAAACGACGAGAGGCUCAAGCGGUUCGCUGCAGAUGCCCGCGCAUCGACUUUGGAGAAUAUGAACGAAAAGCUGAAAGAGACUAUCAGCAAGCUAGAAAAAGGCAAGAAACAGGCCAUUGAUGACGGCGUGGACAAGGAGAUCCGUGAGACGGUGUACUACUACGAAGAGCAAAAGAAGGAAACUGAAAAGUUGAAACGCGAGAUCGCGAAGCUGGAGAAGAAGCUUGCCGAGGAGCAGUCGACGAAGAGCGCCGUGUUCGAUGGUACCGUCGAAACCAUUAAGGACCUGCAAGAAGAAAUCCGCCAGCUGCGGAGGGCCAACGAAAAGUUGGUAGACAGAGGCAGGACGUUGGCGACCGACAUGGAACGGGCUCUGGACGUCACGGCGGGUACAUCGGGAACCGACGCACAGAAGUUGGCCCGGAUGCGACAGCGCAUCACCAACGCUCUACAUCUGGACGUCCCCGACUACCAAGAAAUCGAAGAUUUCCCACUUGAGGCGGUGUCGGAGCGAGAGCAGGAGUUCGUUGACGCAAUGAAGGAGUACGAGAGGCAGUCGAAGAACCUGCGAGAUCUCAACGACCGACAAGUCCGCCAGCAAAAGCGAGAUUUUGACGACCGGCUGGCUAAACGAGACGCUUCUAUGAAGCUUCAGCAGUCCAAGUUGAGAGAGAUCUUGGCUUCUCAGAGGCAGCGGCUCAGGUUGUGCGAGACGGAGUUGGAGGCCGAGAGAAUGCAGCUCCAACAUGCCAAGAAGAGGAUGGCACUGAUGGAGAAGCAGCUGCAGGAGCAAGCUCGUGUCAACGUGGAUUUGAUGAUUGACCAAGAUGAGAAUAACUUGAAGGCUACUGAAGAGGGGACAUCUGGAGAAGAGCCUGAGGAAGAUAAGAAGGAUAAGGGGAAACAGCGCGCAGGCGCACCCGGUGGUCCUGAUGGUGAUCCCGACGACGGCGACGAUGAUGAUGACAACCACGGUGAAGGUUCCAGCGGCGGUCCUCGAGAACCCGGCAAGAAGCGGACAGGAAGCGGCAGGAUGUGUGGCUGUCCCUGCCUUGGGGCCUGCGAUUCAGCAGGCAGGCCGAUAGCGGCUAGACAAGAAGUCAUCCACGACCUCGUCACGUUUUACGCCAAAUACAGACGCUGCUGUGGUCGUAAAGCCAACAUGAGGAGCGCCGCAAGCCAAACGACCGCCGAAUCCGCCUCCGGAACGGAGACGGCGGAGGUCCCCGAAGACGACGGCCUUCUCCUGGUGCGACUGGCCGGCCUCCUGCACAUGGACAGCGACACGAGAAAUCGAAUCGAGAACCCGCGCCUGAGCUACCUCGCGCGCCUCCUCCUCGCCUUCUGGAGCUGCAUACGCAUCCACGGGGUCGCGUGGAAGCAGACGCUUUACUGGCUGGUCGCCGGGAGCCUUUACUCGGCCGUCUACUACCUACCCGGCAGGCGCUGGAGGCCGGGUCCGCCAACGACUCCGUCGCCCAAGCUCGUGGCGCUGGCGAUCAAGGACGCGAUCACCUUAUACUGGUUCUACUACUUGUACCAGGCGCUCAUGGCGACGUGGGCCGUGCAGCAGGUCUACGAUAUGGCCAACGGGUACACGAGGGCGUACUAUGUCGAGAGGGCUCUGCAUCCGGAACGGUCCAGGUGGUGGGGUCUCGACGGGAUCGACAUGCGGCUUUCUGGGUUCUCUACGACAGAGCCUCCUGCGCCUGUUACUACUGACGAUGGGGCGGCGGGCAUCAGGAGGGGACUUUGA